CCCGACAUCACGUCGCCCCCCAUCGCUCCCAGUUCGCGUGAGGAAGCUUCUCGCGGGCUCGGGUCGCCGUGGGCGCGCUGCGGGGCGCCGUGUCGCGCCGGCCCGCCAGCCCUGCGCCGACCAUGGCCACCGACUCCUGGGCACUGGCGGUGGACGAGCAGGAGGCGGCUGUCAAGUCGAUGAGCGAUUUGCAGAUCAAGGAAGAGAAAGUGAAACCAGAUUCCAAUGGUUUCAUCAAACCUGCAGCACCUGCAGAGAAGACAGAUGAAGAAGAGAAAGAGGACAGAGCCGCGCAGUCAUUACUCAACAAGCUGAUCCGGAGCAACCUCGUGGAUAACACGAACCAGGUGGAGGUCCUGCAGCGGGACCCCAACUCCCCGCUCUACUCCGUCAAGUCCUUCGAGGAGCUGCGCCUGAAGCCGCAGCUACUCCAGGGUGUCUACGGCAUGGGCUUUAAUCGACCCUCCAAGAUCCAGGAGAACGCGUUACCCAUGAUGCUCGCCGAGCCCCCGCAGAACCUCAUCGCGCAGUCUCAGUCGGGUACCGGGAAAACCGCUGCCUUCGUGCUGGCCAUGCUCAGCCGAGUGGAGCCAGCAGAGAGAUACCCCCAGUGUCUGUGCCUCUCCCCAACAUAUGAGCUGGCGCUUCAGACUGGGAAAGUCAUUGAGCAGAUGGGCAAGUUUCAUCCGGAGCUCAAGCUGGCUUACGCCAUCCGAGGCAACAAACUGGAGCGGGGUCAGAAGAUCAGCGAGCAGAUCGUCAUCGGCACCCCUGGCACCGUCCUCGACUGGUGCUCCAAGCUCAAGUUCAUCGACCCCAAGAAGAUCAAAGUGUUUGUUCUGGAUGAGGCCGACGUGAUGAUCGCGACUCAGGGCCACCAGGACCAGAGCGUGCGCAUCCAGAGGAUGCUGCCCAGGAACUGCCAGAUGCUGCUGUUCUCUGCCACCUUCGAAGACUCGGUGUGGAAGUUUGCCCAGAAGGUGGUCCCCGAGCCCAACAUCAUCAAGCUGAAGCGCGAGGAGGAGACACUGGACACCAUCAAGCAGUACUACGUGCUAUGCAGUAACCGUGACGAGAAGUUCCAGGCCCUGUGCAACCUCUACGGGGCCAUCACCAUCGCGCAGGCCAUGAUCUUCUGCCACACACGCAAAACUGCGAGCUGGCUGGCAGCCGAGCUCUCCAAGGAAGGCCACCAGGUGGCGCUGCUGAGCGGCGAGAUGAUGGUGGAGCAGAGGGCUGCGGUGAUCGAGCGCUUCCGCGAGGGCAAAGAGAAGGUGCUGGUCACCACCAACGUGUGCGCCCGCGGCAUCGAUGUGGAGCAGGUGUCCGUGGUCAUCAACUUUGACCUCCCGGUGGACAAGGACGGGAACCCAGACAAUGAGACCUACCUGCACCGCAUCGGGCGCACAGGCCGCUUCGGCAAGAGGGGCCUGGCGGUGAACAUGGUGGACAGCAAGCACAGCAUGGACAUCCUCAACAGGAUCCAGGAGCACUUCAAUAAGAAAAUCGAGAGAUUGGACACGGACGACCUGGACGAGAUUGAGAAAAUAGCCAACUGAGGCGUCCCGGGUGCCCGGUGCCCGCCAGUGCUGCCCCCCCCCCCCCCCGCGCGCGCGGGAAUCUCGUGCUUUCCCUGCCCGGCCUCGGCCGUCACAUCAAGACGAAGGCGCGAGCCGCGACAGACUUCCUACCUCAUUUCAGUUUUGUUUGGACAGGACAGAAAUUGCAAAUUAUGGGGGAGAGAAGAAGGGAAAUUAGGCGUUUUGUAAAGUUAAUCCUUUUUAGCCAGUUUUCCCCAAACUUUAUAAGUGAGCUGGGGGCUGGCCCCAGGCCCUCCGCCCGCCUUCCGGCCUGGAGUGCUGUUAGUCCAGCCUCUCAGCGUGGUCAGGGGUGCGUCCAGGGAAGGGCACUGUGACCCCGCUGACCUGUAUGGAGGCUGCGGGCAGCUGCCUGCCUCCACCAUUCUCCUGAGAUCUGUGGGCCUCCUGCCCGCCGGCCAUCUUCUUUCUAAAAUCCGAAGUGGGUCCGGCCGACCCUUUCCCUCUGCAAUGUCCACACACACUGUUCCCCCUGGUGUGCACCGGUUUGGGCCGGAACAGACAUGAGGCCUUCUGAGAUGGCCACGCCCUAGGGGGCUGGUUUGCUCUGUCCCCAGUGGGUGGUGGGCAGUCAGCAAUUUCGGGUCCAGCCUGGCUCGGUGAGCCGGUUCUUCCCCAUCGCUCACAGCACCUUGGUGCGGUCAUGCAUUCUCUGUGUGGGCCCGCACCAGUGACCAGCAUCUUGGUUGUCGAGAAAUUUUAAUUUUAAAAUCAUGCAAUGCUUUACUAAUCAUGAUUUUUAUUUUACUUGUACUUCUAUGCUUAUUAGACUAAUUUAUACUAAUUAAAAAAAUAUGUAUC